UAUCAGUGUGCGUGUGUUUGUUCGGUUCGUUCGCAUGGUUCGUCCGGUUCGUCUGCAUGGUAGUUGUGCGAAGAGCAUGGCAUGGCUGUUGUUACCAACGCUGAUGGAUCAUCGAUGGCAGAGAACGAACAGCGCGCAAGGGUGGGCCCCUACGGCUUCGAGUGGCCGGAGGACUUCGACCACGAGGGUCACGAGGCAUUCUGGCGGGGAUACCGGGCAGUGCUGGCGCGGCGCCUUCGCAAGUGGGAUCAGCUGCUGUCGAAUGCCCGGCCCGCGGCAUAUCCCCAGCUCCGGCACAGCAGUGCCAAGUUGAAGCGGUACGUGAGAAAAGGUGUUCCCCGAGAGCACAGAAAACAGGUGUGGAUGGUCCUUUCGGGAGCAGCCGCAAUGCAGAGUGAGCAGCGAGGCCUGUACCAGGCACUGCUGCAGCAGAGCCUGCGGCCUGACCUUGUUGAGACAAUCCAGAUAGAUGUGCCACGAACGUUUCCUGACAAUGUGUAUUUUCACGGAGGUGGACAGCAACAGAAGUCACUAUUCAACAUCCUGGUGGCGUAUGCACAUUUCAACCAGGGUGUCGGCUACUGCCAGGGUCUGAACUUCAUAGCUGGCCUGCUGCUGCUGGCAACAGAGGAUGAGGAGGCCACCUUCUGGCUCCUGCGCGCCCUGCUCGAGCGACUGCUGCCCGACUACUAUGGCCGGCACAUGACGGGUCUGCUCACAGACAUCGAGGUUCUUGCCGAACUGGUCAGGCAACGGAUGCCACAGGUGCACGCACAUCUGGCCAAGCACGAGGUGUCCUGGGCAAUUGUGACCACCAAGUGGUUUGUCUGCCUGUUCGCUGAAGUGCUGCCAAUUGAGACUGUCCUGCGGGUGUGGGACAGCCUCUUUCUGGAAGGGUCCAAGGUGCUUUUCCGGGUGGCCAUCACAUUGGUUGCCCAAGGCCAGGUGCAGAUCCUGGCUGCGCGUGGUCUGGGCGAAAUAAUGGCAGCCUUCAAAGAGGCUGCCUCGGGACCUCAAGUCACCAACUGCCAUGCUUUCCUUAAGCGGGCCGCUCCCACAUCGGGACUGAGGGUCCAAGCCCCUCCACCGCGUCGCGGGCCCGAUGGACAGCCCAGAGCUGUGGUUCAAGGUCCGAGCUGCGUAGAGCUCGGUCCCACUCUUCCUUGGUGGUCCUGGCCCCUGGCGCCAGGGGGCAAUCCCAGAGCAUGUGAGCAAGGCUAGCUAUAUCUUUACAACGGUGACACACAUUGAACUUCUAUGGUUUUAUCAUAAAAUUCCUGAUUUUUAGAGCUUACUAUCGAUGUGGUGACACCGGAAAGUGGUGACACCAGCAAUUUAAGGGUUUUCGCUUGCACCUAAUUUAAAGCAAAGUUUAUUCAAAAAGAAUACAAGUACAGUCGCUGAGCAAUUUUUGUAGCCAAAUUUUUUGGACCAAUUAAUUACGUGUAGUAUGGACAUAGCCUCCUGUGUAUGCUGUGCCUGCGGGCUCAUCGGCAAACCAAUGAGAAGCGGCUGUCGUUGGAAAUGAGGCUCUGGCCUCGCUUAUGCAUAUUUCUCGAAUGCACUUUUAGCAUGUUUGGUGCUUGCUACUAACAAAAAAGAUGCAUGGGUAUCGGUAGAAGUGUGGUAACUAUUAGUGAAAUAUUAAUAUUCUGCUUAUAGUUGCUUUUUGAAACGAAACCAGCUGCUACAGCUGCACAGGAGCAUUGUUGUUUCCAGAGCACUGAUCAACUUUUGCUCUCUGCUGCCAAUGGUGCAUAAGGUGCAUGAUAGGGCGCUGGCAAGGCUGGUCGUUACCCUGGCCAAAAUUGAAUGACUCUCCCCUGCCUAAGUGGCGCUUCCAUAAACGACAGCAGUUUUGUAAGGAUCUGGCAGGCACUGAGUGUAUGUAAGGUGGCUGUGAUAUGGACCCACCUGUGCAGCAGUGGCACCAACUUAUAGAACCAAUGUGUAACAGCAGUUCAAAUUUCAGCUGCCAUUGUGUGAAUAUUUCAUCAAUACACUUCAUAAGCAUUUCUGGCUCGGAUCUUUCUUACUGCAACUAUAGAGCAAAGCACCUGUUGACAGUAUCCCUAUUAAACAAAGCAAGCAAAUAUUAAUACAUAGUCAACAUCUUGAGUAAACAGACACUUUUGAUUUUUCACCAUAUUUUGGUAUAUUUUGCCUACGACUCUAGUAGUAAAGUUCUAAGGUUGUCAGGUCUGCUACUAACUGAACAAUUUAUUUGUGGGAAGUAUGUGCUUUUAAAUGCGCGAUAUUCAGGAAAGCAAUAAAAUAAUGACAAGAACAACAAAAGUAAAGGACAGCUGCCAGAAAAUGCACAGCACAUCAUAUCCACAUGCAUACGAAAAAAGAAAAGACAAUUUUCAUCUUGCAAUAAACACACAUAGUGAACGAAUGACAGUGUGAACUGACAAGGACGAGACAAGUAGGUGACGCACAUGCGGUGUCGUAGUCGUACACGGUCAUCGACUGAUUUUUCAGAUGCCAUUUUUUUUUUACCAGCUCAAUUAUCUGGACAUUUAUUAAAUUAUUUACUGUAGCACCGCCAUCUUGGUACAUACAAGAAAUGUAUAAUGGCAACCGAAAUAUAGGACUGCUGUAUAAUACCUCGCUUGAUUUUUUUGGACAAGAAGCACCUGCAUGUUGAAAAAAUAGCAGCUGUGAACAACGAACUGCUAAUACUAUGUUUGUACAAGUGACGCAUCUGUGAUUGGGCUUGGGAUCCUGCGUGCGGGCUAGGCUGACAAGUAUAAAAGUGACAUUCAGGUCCCCGGAUGAUCGGCAGGCAACUACUGUGUGUGCACCUACCAAUUUCGUCAGUGCUCUUACUGGACUGAAUGGGUUAAGCUUGCACGUAAGCUGAAGACUCUGAACAGAACUUGUACAGUCAAGAUCGCAUCAUCUGCACUUUGUGGCGACGUUACGAUAGUUGAAGCAGAUCGAGCCACAUGAUGAGAGACGAGAUGUGAAGCCCCUUUCUUGCCUUGACCUUCACAUUGAAAUUGCUUCAUGGAUCGACGACAUUGAGCAACUGUGCAAAUGAAUGUACUGUAGUGCUUGCAUUGUAAAAACUAACAAAAUAUAUUUUUUUCUUGAAAUUAGUUUUAAUUGGACCACCCGACUAUUGGAACAUUUUUAUAGCCUCUUCAGGUCUGAAAAAUUUAUCGCCAACUGUAUGUUGGUAGGUGCACUCAUCUUGCCACUUGGUGUUUUUGACCUCAUCAUGCUGCACCACUCUGCAUCUUUCAGCUUUAAUAUGUGGCAAAAGUUGUGGGGGAGAGGGGGAGGGGGGGGUGCUUCAUUCAUCUCAAGAUGUAAAUGCAUACAUUCAUGGACACAAACAUGUUUUACCAAAGGGGGGGGGGGGAUGCUUAGAGACUUGAACGAGUGUUCCAUUUCAAAUCAAAGUAUUUAAUUUAAGAAUUCAGUGCUCGAUUUAUUUGAGUAUUCAGUUGUGUGUGCCAUAUGUACAAGUUUACUUACGGCUGUUAGAGCGUGCUUGUUUCUAUGAAGGUACACACUUGCGCCAAUAAUCCACUGGUCACCUUGAGUGCCUACCUUCCAAGGGGCCCUGCUGUGCCUUUUCACAAAUUAAUGAAAUGAGUAUAGUGUUGCAACACCUCCAUCGAGAACUAUUUGGAUGUAUAGUGUAGAAGGGGAGUUGUUGCCAGUCAAGGAUCACCAUUCAAAUCCUCUGCAGCGAUUUUGCUCCUUCUUCCACAACUUGCAUGCCAGUGGUAUGGUUGAGCAGGGCAGUGUUCAAAAUAUGUGUGCACUAUACGUGAUUUCUGCUGUGGUGAUUUUUUGUGUUUUUUUUAUGUGUUACGUGAUGGCCAUUACAGGCUUUGGUGCAUUAACUCACUAAACCUAGACAUUCUCGAUCGAGUUCCAUUUGAGUUUCGAUAUACUGUAUAUGCUGCCGAAUGGAGCAGUAGUGCAGUUACUCUAGUGACUAUUAGCUGCACAUAUGUUGGUAGCUUAUUAGGCUAUAACCAUGCUUUGCUGGAACUUGGCUUCUUGAACCACUUGAUGUAGAAUUUUCAUGUCAAUGUUGGCACCUUUGCAGCCAAUGACCUGCAACUUUACAUUUGUCUUCAGUACCACGACUAUUGAAGCACAUUCCAUUGCAUUUGCAAAUGACAGUAAUGCAUCAUUUAGAUAAUUCCAGAUAGUCAUAGAGAACUUGCAGGCAAAAAACUCAACUCACCAUAGUGUGUAAAUGCAAUGCGCAAGAUAGGCUAUCGAAACUUGAGCAAUGAUGCAAUUUUGUAUUGUGAAGGGAGGCAACAUAACUUUAGCAUAUGACUCUUUUGGAUGCAAUGACCAUUUGAAAUUUCUAACUAACAAGCUAAUGUUAAAACAGUGUGUUCUUGAUUUUUUUUUAUUCUGCCAAUUUAAUGAUAUCUCAUUACGUACUCGGCAGUUCGGCUAGCAGUCCCAGAAUUCCUCCUUGGCAUCAUCAGACCAACCAAAUAAAUGCUGGUUAGGCUUUAGAAAAGCAACAGCAAAGCUAAAGCAGGAAUAAUCUUUACAGCAAUAUUGUACUUUCCCUGCUGCGUGCAAAAAGUUUGUCUCAGCAUUUGCAUUGUCUCUGGUAUGGUUUAUUCACCUUCCUCAAAAGGCACUGCAGGACCCCUGUAAAAGGCAACUUUAGCCAGAAACACGUUAUUCCAUCAGUAUUUUGUUAUGGGUAAAUGAUCUUCUGUAGCGUAGGGGAAUAGGUAUGUGGGUAAGUGGGUGGGGGAGAGUGGAAGGGGAAUGCGUUAUUGCUGUAUUGAAUAACCACUUCCCGAGUAGAGUUUAGAUUUUUUAUUUUUUUGGUAGCCUGCAACAAUCUAACCAACUAUGCAUUGCUUUUAUGCUACCCUUAGACUCGUUCCUUGACUGAUGAAAAGGUCUAUUUCUCUUAAUAUUGCCUACCAUGUACCCAUCACUAAUGUUAUGUAUGGUGGUGCGGUUCAAAAUCUGUUCCUUUUCUGAACGUAUAAUUCGAUGAGUAAGUUUCUAUGUUACCUUUGUACAGUGACCUGCACAUAAUUAAUGGAGAAGAAUGAGAACAGUAAUAGAAACAUAACAUAACAAAUAGAUAAGAUUUUUCAUUUUUGCUUGUUUACUUGCUUCCAAAUUUCAUUCCAUGAUCAGUCUUUUUUUUUUUGUCUUUGUCUGAAAAUAAAAUAAUUGGUAUUGGCAUUUGCUUGCUUUCCGUCAUCAUCUGUGUACCUUGCCACUGAAGAAGCAAGUUCUUGCACACAGGUAGACUGGCGUUGCCAAUAACUGGCAAAUAAAGGAGGCAGAACACUGACGCUAUAUGCAAAUUUCUUGCAAGCCGUUAGCAAGUCUAAUCUGCCUGUCGCAGAAGUGUGCCGUUUUAUUAAGGAGGCAUCUACAUGAUGCCAGUUCCUAAUUUUAUCUGAACUAACCAGGUAGGAGCUGAUAUCAAGUUUUAUAUUAAGCUUUGGACUAAAUCAUGGUUGAAGAUAUGAAGCUAAAAUAGCAGCUGUAAGCAUAGGAAUUCAUUUUACAAGUUUCUGUUAAUAUGCACCGUAUGUAUCCAGGCGCACAUUCUACAAUUUCCUUCACGCAUCUAGUCAUGUGAUGUUCCUUUUGUUUCUGCUAUUCUCAUUGUCACGAUCACAUGAACUGCGAUGACCUUUCGCUUUCCGCUCGUUCACUAGCUGCCCACUGGGACAGAUUUACAAAGAGCAUCCUGUGUAUUCAGGGACAGAGUUCAAAUUUUUUAUGCUUUCUCUCUCUCGGCCAUUCUUUGUAGAAAAAGAACUAUUCAUGUUCAACUUGAUAUUCAAAGCCCUCAUCUGCCGUACAUCAUUGAUGAAAAGAUUACCCUAACUGAACACCUCUGUUUGUGAGUGUUUGUGUAGCAAUCAAAGGAUUGAGUGAAGUAAACAACUGGCAGGCUUUUUUUGUUACAUCUGCUAUCUUGCUUAUCUAAACGUCACAAAACUUAGCGUAUGGCAUGAGGUGAUUAUACUGCAAUCGCAUUCAAAUUUGUUACGCUUAUGCCCUUCCGUUUCCUGUGUGCACCUCCCAUAUUUGUUACAGCUGUUUGAAAUGUUACUUGCACAGUUUCGCAUUACAUAGAGAACUGGAAAAGGCUCAGUUCUUGCUUCACGCCAAGGGUUGAGAUGAAGGCACUGCUGUUGGAUGGGGCAUGACGGCUUCUAGCGACUCUUUUGUCAGUGCAGAAAUGGAAAGACAUACACUAGAUAAACGCUGGCAUGCAGAUAAUGCAAGUGCUGUUCACCAAGUGUAUGUACACCUUUCAGCUGUCCUGCUGGUUAUGCGAGUGAUGGCGCUCAGGCCAUGUCUUUGUUCUUUUGUAGGCUGCAGUCAGAACUCUGUCAGAUUGGGCAAGUUUAGUAUCACUUUGAGCGAAUGAACUUUGCCGUUAGAGUAAUUUGCAGGCUGUCACAGGGAAAGGUUUACUAGCGACACUCAAUGUAGAGUGCAUUCGUCAAACUUGCUUCGCUGCAUCGAAGUGUGUAGCCUUGAUGGCAGUGCUCCAAAAUUAAAUAUAACAAUACUCGCUGCAUGGUUGGCACUAAUUCUGAAAUCAUUUUUUUUUUUUUGCGAUUUCAAAUGUUCCAAGCAUCCCCACUUUUUGAAAACGGCAUUUUUCCUCUGUCAACGAGAGCAGUCUCAUUUUUCAUUAUUGAUUGUGUUAAUGUUAUGUUGCAAAUAUUGCAUAGAAUAACAAGUACAUAAUGUGCAAGCUAAUUUGUGGAUCAGCACUUCCAAGAAAUGCAUUUGUCAUUUUCCCUUCUAGCAGUGUACCAGCCAUAGUAACACUCACUGAGGCAAAGUGCACUCAAAGUGUCACUAAGUUUGCCCAUCUAACUGGGGUAUUACAUGACAAAGGGAAACUCGCUAUGGAUGAAAGGAUAAGAUUAUGGAUUGUGUGCCUUUGAAGUUCUCAUGCCUAGGCUUUCAACCAGAAGUCUCUAACCAGGCUUGGUUCACAUUGUCGUAGUAAUAUCUUUUGAAAGAAUGGACGAAACUUUUCAUGUCCGAUGAUGACUGCAUACAACUUUUGAAUUUGAUGUCACAGCAUCGGUAGCAAUCACAUAUCACAGUGGACCCAUUGUAUGGCGCAUCACAUUCAUAUACAAAGGCUGCCAUGGACAGUGUUCUCCCUAUUACCACCUAUGCCUGCAUUUUUUUCCUUAUCUGUCUGGUUGAAGGAUUGUAGUUUGAUGUGUACAGGACUGAAAUGUUUUGAACAGAUGCCAGCAGUGGUCUGAAAAUGUAACACUGUGGUCCUAUGAGGUGCUUGCCACUUAGUUUACAUUGUCAUCGUAAACAUUAUUUGCCUUUUAACAACCUAGACAACAAGUUUAACUGAAGGAGCUCAAAAUGGAGCGCAUUGAUAUAUAUUGCUUUUUAUUGCCAUUCAAUGCGACCUUCAGUGAAAGGUAGCCCAAUUUUUUAGAAUGAGUGCAAAAGCUGUGGAUAAACUUUGGAUGAACCUUUUGCAAUGUUGGCCUGCUCAUUUAUGAUAUACUGGCAUUGAUCGUCUUUUUUAGGUAUAAAAUGCACAGCCUUAUUCAUGCAGAAGCGUUUGACUAAGAUAGGGUUCGUGUCAUCCACUCACUCUCUAUGUACACCUUUACUUUUUUAAAAGACGAGAUGUUCAAACAUUUAUGAUGCACAACUUCUCAUAACGAUGGAGUGAGCCAUCACAUCAAAGAUGGCGGCAUUCAAAUCAUUCAGUAUUUGCACGUGUUAUCAUAACUGUGGUGCCUUCAACAGGUGCAACACUAAUUAAAUUAGCAAGACAAUUCUAUUUCCCUACCAGCAUCUGUCAUUGGAUUUUAAGCAUAUGUGGAAAGAGUUCUUGCAGCUACCAGAGCAAGUACUUAUGUGAACUUUUGGAACUAACACCGUCUACUGCCACAUCAAGCACCACACAAGUGUGGUGCUUGAUGUGGCAGAAUGUUGUUUUCGCAUGAGAGUUGGUUCAUCUCUCUGUACACCAAACUUGCUCUGAAUGAGAAGUAUGUAAAGGAUCUUUCCAAUAUUUCUUAGUGGAGGAAACCUGUUGUAAUGACAUUGUGAUAUGCUGUACAGGUGUCCCAACUGUGUGCUUUACCUGUAAAUGGGGCGCCGUGGUGCCAUAUGGUAAAUUCAUGCCUGUCUAGAACACUUUAGUUGUGAAGGUCUUUAUUGGCAUGAGAAAUAACACAAAGAUGUUCUGUGAUCUAGUUUGUAUUUUGCAAGCCACUGCGUAUGUAAAUAAAGAUAAUUGACAUUGGA